CUCUCUCUCUCUCUCUCUCUCUCUCUCUCUCUCUCUCAUUAAGCGGCACAGAAACACAACCUAGAAGACACUUUUUCCAAAGCAUCUCACUUCCAUCCCAUGUCCGUCUCCUCUCUCUCUCCCUCUUGUCUUCAUGUCCACUGCAAGUGAUUGGCAGCAAGACCAUGAGAUAGGGAAGAAGAUCAAGCGGGAGUCAUCAGCAUCUGAGGCUGGCCGGAUGAUGGCGGCGCGGAGGAGCAGCAGCCUGCCUACGGCGGGCGCCGGGCCUGGGUCGGCCCCAUCGUUCAACACGAUGACUCCUUGUGCAGCGUGUAAGCUGCUCCGGCGGCGUUGUGCGCAGGAGUGCACUUUCUCACCCUUCUUCUCGCCGAUGGAGCCGCACAAGUUCGCCUCGGUUCAUAAGGUCUUUGGUGCCAGCAACGUCUCCAAGAUGCUCCUGGAGGUGCACGAGAGCCAGCGCAGCGACGCGGCUAACAGCCUGGUGUACGAGGCGAACCUGCGGCUUCGUGAUCCCGUGUACGGCUGCAUGGGGGCCAUCAUCACCCUGCAGCAGCAGGUGCACGCCCUCGAGGCCGAGCUCGCCGGCGUCCGCGCGGAGAUCACCAAGCACAGGUACCGCCCAUCUGCCUCCGCAGCCGUGAAUGUGCCACCCUCUUCGCACGCAUCCCAGCUCCUCGCUGCGUCGGCAGCAGGAGGCCAACGGCAGGCUGAAUCGUCCUUGGGAGUGGGCGUCGCUGCUGUGGCAGGGCCUGUGGCUUCCGCGUCGUCGUCGACGACGGUGUACGCCGCCGCGUCGAGCUCCACUGACUACAGCUCCAUCACGCAUGAAAAUGUUCCAUAUUUCGGUUGAGGACGUGCUAGCCUUAAUGGAGAGUUUCUUGGAUGUAAUUUUGUUGCCUCUUCCUUUUAUGUAGACCUUGUGAAAAUAUUGGAAUAAAAAGGCUUUUCCUCGAAAA